GAAAACUAUAUAGUUAGUGGUCAUCGAAGUUUCAAACAAAAACCCCAAGAAAAUGCUAGACAGAUUUAAAAUGCUUAUAUACUUCAUAGUAUUUACUUUUUACAUACAAAAUUCCAUUGCCCUAGAUAUAACAACAACUACUUCGUUAUUUACUUCUAAAAAUUUGAAAUGCUACAAAUGCAGCAGUCUUUUAGAUGAUGAUUGUAAGAAUGAAACAAAUGUCAUGCAAAAAUCCGAAUUUAUAGAGGAAUGUGCAGCGGGAGCCCAGGGCUGUGUUAAACAGUUUGUAAUAAGAUAUGAUGGAAAACAUGCUACAUUUCGUGAGUGUUAUUACGGAACUAUUAGUUCUUUUUAUACGAAUUUUGUAUGUGAAGGCAUUAGCCGAAAUCGUCAAUACGAUGAGGUCCAGUGUUUCAAAUGUAAAGGUGACUUUUGCAACAAUAACAACCGGCUGACAAUUUCAAAACCUUUAAUAAUUUGUUAUAUAUCAAUGAUGUUGUUUAUUUCUAAUAUGUUAAGUAUAUAACUUAAACUUGAUUGUGUUUAAAAAAAAUAAAGAAGAGAUAAUACUUAUGCUCGCUUAC